AUGCAAGGCCGAUAUAUGCAUGAAACCUCUCCUACGUACAAAUUCCUCAUCAUUGAACACCUUCCCGGCCAGAAACUGUUUGCAACUUGUCCCCAUCCUUUUGCCGGCGCUCCGUCUUCUUCUACUUUCUGCCUCCUUGACGACGUCCCUCAAGUUGGCAACGCCGUCGGUUUUUUCAUUAUAGCAGCCGGCUUAUUGACUGUUUUAUUUGAUCACUUUGGACAGACAAGAGAGAGGAUAGAAGGACUCUCCAUGGAUCGCAAUUUCGAUAUACCUGAUUCCACCGACUGGACAGCCACACCACUCCCAGAUGUUGCUCACUUCGAAUCCGCCUUACGAUGUCAGAUAUGCAAGGACUUCUUCGACAACCCGGUCAUCACCUCCUGUUGCCAUACCUUUUGCUCUCUGUGUAUACGGCGGUGUCUGAGUGCUGAAGGACAAUGCCCUGUCUGCCGCAGCAACGACCAGGAGCUUAAGCUACGCCGAAAUUGGGCUGUUGGGAGUCUCGUCGAGUCAUUCAAGACAGCAAGGCCGUCAAUGCUUGCGUUUGUGAGGAAUAAUCAGAUACAUACAACGCUAGUAUCUAGACCAGGGUCAGAGGAUGCGGCGGAAAGCCCGGCGACGAAGAGGAGAAAGAUUGACCAUAUCGGUGGAGAUAGUGCUACGGGCCUGGAGACUAGCAGGAGAACGAGGUCGCAAGGUAGGAGGUUAGAAAACAACGCAAAGUCGGAGUACGAGCCUGUGAUUAUACCAGAUAGUGCAGAUGAAGAAGACGGGGAAAAAGAAGAUGAAGAGUAUCAGCCGGAUGACGGGCUCGUGGCUUGCCCCGUCUGCAUGAGAAGAAUGAAGAAUGAAGCAGUGUUUUCUCAUCUAGACAACUGCACCGGCACAUCAGAAAACGAAAGCGGCUCCAAGUCUAAUGGGUACGUGUUCCUGUUUCGUACCCUAUUCGAAUUAUUAUUAACCCUGCCAUCUAGAACUAUUGGGUUCCUGGGGCUGAGAAGCUCCCCAAGCACUCCAAAGACCUUCACUCGUCUUCCAACAAUAAAUUACUCCAUUUUCAAAGAAAACACUCUGCGAAAAAAGCUCAAGGAACUUGGUAUUCCAGAUUGGGGUCCGAAGCCCAUCCUACAAAAACGGCACACAGAAUGGAUGAAUUUAUGGAAUGCAAAUUGUGACUCUAUAAAUCCUAAAUCAAAGCGAGAUCUUCUCCGGGAUCUCGAUGUUUGGGAAAGGACUCAGGGCGGACUGGCGACCUCACAAGCUUCGUCGAGAGGCAAUUCUGCGAUAAUGAAGAAAGACUUUGAUGUGACUGCUUGGUCGCAGUCGCAUGAUGAUGACUAUAGAAAACUCAUUGCAGAGGCGCGCAGUAUGAGGGCUAAACGUGUAGCGGUAUCUAAUGGGAAUGCAGAAGGCCAACCAAAUGAAGAAGAGGUCAAUGAAGGGUCACUAUCAGCGCCAGCGCCAACACCAAUGGCAGCGGUUAGGACACCGUCUAACGAGACAGUUCUGGAACAGCCGAGUGAGUCGAAGAAGACCGGAUGCGAGCAAGACCAUCCUGAGAUAGAGCCUGAUAGCACAGACAAAUCGAUGCAGGUUGCUGUAGUGGCACCAUAG